AUGCCUUCAUAUACUAAAUUCCUUAAAGAGAUCUUAUCUAAUAAGAAAUAUCUUGAGGAUGAUGAAACCGUUAUACUUACUGCUGAGUGUAGCGCUAUUUUUCAAAACAACAUGCCUCAUAAGCUGAAAGAUCUAGAGAACGUUCCCGUUCGUAUAGAUCACUUCUAUAUUCCUACCGACUUUGUAAUAAUGGAUAUAAAGGAUGAUUCUGACAUACCUAUUAUUUUAGGAAGACCCUUUUUAGCCACAGAUGAAGCCAUCAUAGAUGUCAAGAAAGGAAAGCUAACUUUUGAAGUUGGUGAAGAAAAAGUCAAAUUUAUUUUAGCUCCAUUCUUAAAGGCGCCAGCUAUAGAAGAUUCAUGUUGUCUCUUAGACAUCAUCGACGAAUGUGUGAAAGAAAUGGAGAGGAAGCCCUCUAAGUAUAUUGAAGUACUAAAGAUUCCAGCUCCUCCUACGUUCGAAGACGAUAAUUGA